AUGCCUGAAGAAAACUUUAAUAAGAGUCUUCUUCUUAUCAUAAUUAAUGACUCUCAAGUCAUUGUGAGGGUUCUCAAUUCUAAUUCUGAUAUUCCAUACUUCAUAACUGCUAGUAAGAUUACUACAAUAGAUUUUACUAGAAAUGAGCUUGGCCUACCAGUUCCCAAGAUACUUGUGUGGAAUUUGCAUGCAUUAGAGAACCCAGUUGAAGUAGAGUAUAUUAUUAUAGAGAAAGCAGCAGAUUAUUUUCUUGUGUAUAUCUGA